GAGAGAGAGAGUAGGAGGCUUUGUUUACUUAGGAAGCUGAGCACAGCUAGUUCUGCGAGCUUACUCAAACAAGGUGUGUGUGUGUGUGCGUGCACACACAGACACACGCAGUCUGAUCUGAGUGGCCGAGAGAGAGCAAGAAGAGUUUUGCACUGAGAGAAGAUUGUGUUUGAAGAAGAAAAGAACGGUGAAGGAAGAACAUUUUGUUUUUACUGUACCUUUUUCUCACUUCAACUGCAUGUGGGUUCCUUUUUUGGCAAAAAAAAAAAAUGAAAGAAAGAAAGAGAGAGUCAAUUAAAGGAAGAGUUUUUUUCAAACGGAUGAAGCAGAAUGGCGCGGUUUAGCGUGCACUGAUGAAACGCUUGGAUGCACACGCUCACCUGGAGAGUUUCUAUUUCUAAACCCAACUUUUUUGGACCUUUAAGGAAAGUUAAACAUUUGGCAGUUUGUUUUCUUGGUCUGCUUUGUUUUUUAUUUUUUUUCAACCUUACAUUUUACAUGCCUUGCUCAUGACUCCUGGCUUUACUCUUGUGGAGUGAUCGAUUUGUUUUGGAUGAAAGUUGAAAGUCAGGGUUGGAGGGACGGUUCACAGUGAAAGCAAUUGAGUGUUACAGUGAAAGAGCAGAGACAUGGAGUUUGAUCCGCGCGAACAUGAGCCAUGUCUCUCGCCAGCUGCCUUUGUAAACCAGGUGCAAUAUUCCAACAUCCUGGAGGGCCGUUUCAAACAGCUGCAAGAUGAGAGAGAAGCAGUGCAGAAGAAGACCUUCACAAAAUGGGUGAACUCUCACCUGGGCCGUGUGACCUGCAGGAUUGGUGACCUCUACACCGACCUCCGCGAUGGACGUAUGCUUAUCCGACUGCUGGAGGUCCUCUCUGGGGAACAACUGCCAAAGCCCACCAAGGGCCGUAUGCGCAUCCACUGUCUGGAGAACGUUGACAAGGCUCUGCAAUUCCUGAAGGAACAAAAGGUUCAUCUGGAGAAUAUGGGUUCUCAUGACAUUGUCGACGGAAACCACCGCCUCACACUUGGACUCAUUUGGACCAUAAUCCUCCGCUUCCAGAUCCAAGACAUUAGCGUUGAGACAGAGGACAACAAAGAGAAGAAAUCAGCCAAAGAUGCUCUGCUGCUGUGGUGUCAGAUGAAGACUGCAGGGUACCCAAAUGUCAAUGUCCACAACUUUACCACCAGCUGGAGAGAUGGUCUAGCGUUCAAUGCCAUAGUGCACAAACACAGGCCAGACUUGAUUGACUUUGAUAAUCUUAAGCGCUCUAAUGCCCACUAUAACCUGCAGAAUGCCUUUAAUGUGGCAGAGAAGGAGCUGGGUCUUACCAAGCUACUGGAUCCAGAGGAUGUGAAUGUUGAUCAGCCUGAUGAGAAGUCCAUCAUCACAUAUGUGGCCACAUACUACCACUACUUCAGCAAGAUGAAGGCGCUCGCCGUAGAGGGCAAGAGAAUCGGCAAGGUGCUGGACUAUGCUAUCGAAGCAGAUCAGCUGAUAGAGAAAUAUGAGACUCUGGCCUCAGAGCUGCUGCAGUGGAUUGAACAAACCAUCGUUACCCUUAAUGACCGUCAACUCGCUAACUCACUCAAUGGGGUUCAGAACCAGCUACAGGCCUUCAAUACAUACCGCACCGUGGAGAAACCACCUAAAUUCACUGAAAAGGGAAAUUUGGAGGUUUUGCUCUUCACCAUUCAAAGUAAGAUGAGAGCAAACAAUCAGAAAGUCUACAUGCCACGAGAGGGAAAACUCAUCUCUGACAUCAACAAGGCAUGGGAGAGGCUGGAGAAAGCGGAACACGAGAGGGAGUUGGCACUGAGAAAUGAGCUGAUUCGUCAGGAGAAGCUGGAGAUGUUAGCCGCACGUUUUGACCGCAAAGCAGCCAUGAGAGAAACCUGGCUUAGCGAAAAUCAGCGGCUAGUCUCACAGGACAAUUUUGGUGUUGAACUGGGUGCUGUGGAAGCAGCUACUCGCAAACAUGAGGCCAUCGAGACAGACAUCCAGGCGUAUGGUGAGCGCGUAGCAGCUGUAGAAGCUGUUGCUCGAGAACUGGAGGCGGAGGGAUAUCAUGAAGUGCGGCGCAUACUGGCACGGAGGGAUAACGUCCUCAGACUGUGGGAGUAUCUGAAGGAACUACUUGCGGCACGGAGAGAGAGGCUGUUUGCACACAGAGACCUGCAGCGCCUCCUACAGGAGAUGAGCUACAUCAUGGACUGGAUGGAAGACAUGAAGAGUCGCCUGCAAUCUCAAGACAGUGGAAAACACCUUCAUGAUGUGGAGGACUUGCUGCAGAAACACACACUUGUGGAAGCUGAUAUAUCCGCACAGGCUGAGCGAGUCAAAGCCGUGCAGGCUGCUGCGAAGAGAUUUACUUCAGAUGAACAGAGUUAUAAGCCAUGUGACCCCUCUCUGGUUGAAGAGAAGGUGGAUCUUCUGGGCCGAGCGUACGGAGAACUUGGGCAGCUGGCAGCAGAUCGACGAGCUCGACUGGAUGACUCGCGAAGGCUGUGGCAGUUCCUGUGGGAACUGGGAGAGGAAGCCGCCUGGAUCCGAGAGCAGGAGCAGAUCUUGUCUGGAGGAGACUACGGAAAGGACUUAAGCUCCGCUCUUCACUUUCUGUCUAAACAUGAGGCCUUCAGGGAUGAGAUGGCAGCCCGCUAUGGCCCUCUGGGGAACAGCAUUGCUGGUGGAGAGGCCCUGGUGAAGGAAGGCCACUUUGGAGCACCUGAGGUGACAGAGCGAAUCAAGGAUGUGAGAGCACAGUGGUCGCACCUGGAAGAGACCUCACAGCUGCGUGAGGAGGGACUGAAAGAGUCUGUAGCUUUCCAUCAGUUCCAGACAGAUGCCAACGACAUGGAGGCCUGGAUACUUGAAACACUAAGACAGGUGUCUAGUCAAGAACUUGGCCAUGAUGAGUUUUCUACACAAACACUGGCCAGGAAGCAGAGAGAAGUGGAGGAGGAAAUUCAAAGUCACAGAUCACUCAUCGACUCACUACAUGAACAGGCCUCAACACUGCCUGAAGCAUAUGCACAGUCUCCACAGGUGGAGGGCCGACUCCCAGCAAUAGAGCAGCGCUAUGAAGAGUUAGAGGGGCUAUCGUCAUCAUGGCAACAGGCCUUAGAUGGCGCGCUUGCAUUGUAUCGCAUGUUUAGUGAAGCUAGUGCCUGCCAGCUUUGGGUUGGAGAAAAAGAACAGUGGCUGCACAACAUGGAGAUUCCCACCAAACUAGAGGAUCUGGAGGUGGUCCAGCAGAGGUUUGAAACUCUGGAGCCUGAGAUGAACACACUGGGUGCUCGCAUUUCUGAUGUCAAUCAAGUGGCUCAACAGCUUCUUGGAUCAGACAACCGCAACAAAGAGCAGAUAGACCAGACACAGAAUCAACUCAAUAAGAGGUGGUCUGAUUUCCAGAGUCUGGCCAACCAGCGCAAACAAGCUCUGGAUUCAGCACUCAAUAUCCAGAACUAUCAUCUAGAGUGUAAUGAGAUCAAGAGCUGGAUGAAGGAGAAGACCAAAGUCAUUGAGUCCACACAGAGCCUUGGAAAUGACCUGGCUGGCGUCAUGGCCCUGCAGCGUAAGCUUACUGGUAUGGAGAGAGACCUGGAGGCUAUACAGGGUAAGCUGGAUGACCUGCGUUCUGAGGCUGAGAAGUUGGCAUCUGAGCACCCCGAGGAGGAGGAGGAGAUCAAGGGUCGACUGGCUGAAAUCCAGGAGGUGUGGGAGGAGCUUCGAGCCACCAUGAAACGGCGCGAGGAGUCAUUGGGCGAAGCCUCUAAGCUUCAAGGCUUCCUUAGAGAUCUUGAUGACUUCCAGGCCUGGCUGUCUCGUACACAGACCACCGUGGCAUCCGAGGACACACCUACAUCUCUGGCGGAAGCAGAGCGUCUGCUGGCUCAGCAUGAGGCCAUAAAGAAUGAAGUAGAUAAUUACAGAGAAGAUUAUGAGAAGAUGAGAGCUACUGGAGCUGAGGUGACUCAGGGACAGACUGAUGCCCAGUACAUGUUCCUAGCUCAGCGGCUGCAAGCGUUGGACACUGGCUGGCAUGAGCUGAGGAGAAUGUGGGAGAGCCGCCACUGUGUCCUCGCUCAGGCCUUUGAUUUCCAAACCUUGCUACGAGAUGCAAAACAAGCAGAGGGUUUCCUCAAUAGCCAGGAGUAUGUUUUGUCACACACAGAGAUGCCCUCCAGCCUACAAGGGGCUGUAGAGGCCAUCAAGAAACACGAAGACUUCCUCACCACCAUGGAAGCCAAUGAAGAAAAGAUCAACGGCGUGGUUGAGUCUGGACGGAGACUAAUUUCAGAUGGCAACACCUAUGCAGACAAGAUCCAGGAGAAGACAGACUCCAUUCAGGAGAGGCACCAGAAGAACAAACAAGCUGCCAAUGAGCUGCUGGCUAAACUGAAGGACAACAGAGAGCUGCAGCACUUCCUACAGGAUGGACAAGAGCUGACUUUGUGGAUAAAUGAGAAAAUGUUGACAGCUCAGGACAUGUCCUAUGAUGAGGCUAGAAACCUCCACAGCAAGUGGCAGAAGCACCAGGCCUUCAUGGCUGAGCUAGCCUCCAAUAAAGACUGGCUGGACAAGAUUGACAAGGAGGGUCAGGUGUUAGUAAAGGAGAAGCCUGAGCUGGAGCAAACGGUAUCAGAGACUAUGAGCAGCCUGCAGAAGCAGUGGGAGGAUCUAGAGAGCACCACUCAAGCCAAAGCUCAGUGUCUGUUUGACGCUAACAGAGCUGAACUUUUCACGCAAAGCUGCUCGGCUCUGGACUCCUGGCUCCAGAACAUCUCAUCUCAACUCCAAAGUGAUGACUUUGGAAAAGAUCUCACCAGUGUCAACAUCCUGCUCAAGAAACACCAGAUGCUGGAGCAUCAGAUGGAGGUGCGUGAGAAAGAGGUCCAGUCUCUGCAGUCACAGGCUCUGGCCUUGGCUCAAGAGGAUUCUGGGAUAGUGGAGGUGGAUGGGCAACAGAGAAGGGUGACAGACAGCUUCUCUGAACUGCAGGACCCUCUAAGACAGCGGAGGCAGCGUCUUCUUGCUUCAAAAGAGGCUCAUCAAUUCAACAGAGACCUGGAGGAUGAAAUUUUAUGGGUAAAGGAGAGGAUGCCUCUCGCCACGUCCACAGACCACGGUAAAGAUCUUCCCAGUGUCCAGCUGCUCAUCAAAAAGAAUCAGACUCUGCAGAAAGAGAUUCAGGGUCAUCAGCCCCGUAUCGAUGACAUCCAGGCUCAUGGUAGGAACAUGUCCCCUGAGAAGGAGUCAGAGAUGGACAGGGAGAGGAGAGCUGCUCUUGAUGGGCGUCUGGCAGAGCUCAGGGAAUUGUGGGCUCUUUUGAUUUCUGAGACAGAAAAGAGGAACUUGAGGCUAGAAGAGGCUAACCGAGCACAGCAGUUUUACGCAGAUGCUGCAGAGGCUGAGGCCUGGAUGGGAGAACAAGAGCUUCAUAUGAUGUCAGAGGAAAAGGCGAAGGAUGAGCAGAGUGCUUUGGUGAUGGUGAAGAAACACCAGAUUCUGGAGCAGGCUCUAGAGGACUAUGCUCAAACCAUCCACCAGCUGGCCAAUAGCAGCAGACUUAUGGUGAAUAGUGAACACCCAGAGAGUGAAAGAAUCACUCUGAGGCAGGCCCAGGUGGAUAAACUGUAUGCAGGGUUGAAGGAUCUGGCAGAAGAGCGGAGGGGAAAACUGCAGGAGAGACUGAGACUGACCCAGCUGAAGAGAGAGGUGGAUGAUUUGGAGCAGUGGAUCGCUGAAAGAGAGGUUGUUGCUGGGUCUCACGAACUCGGACAAGAUUACGAACAUGUGACGAUGUUGCGAGAUAAGUUCCGGGAGUUUGCGCGGGACACCAGCACAAUUGGCCAGGAGCGUGUGGAUGCAGUGAACGCUCAGGCAGAUGAACUUAUUGAGUCUGGACAUCCGGAAAACGCCAGUGUGGCUGAGUGGAAGGACGGGCUCAAUGAGGCCUGGGCUGACCUGCUGGAGCUCAUUGACACACGCACACAGAUGCUUGCCGCCUCGUAUGAGCUGCACCGCUUCCAUCAGGACGCCCGGGAAGCUCUGGGGCUCAUACGGGAGAAGAAGGAGACACUAGCAGGGGCCGAACUCGGACGGGACCUGAACACUGUCCAACACUUGCUUAGACAGCAUACAGCAUAUGAGCAUGAUGUACAGGCACUCAGUGGGCAGGUCACACAGGUUCAAGACGAUGCUGCACGUCUGCAGAAAGCGUACGCUGGAGAGAAAGCUGAUGAUAUCCAUCGCCACGAGCGUGCCGUAACAGAGGCCUGGGAGGGGCUUCAAUCUGCCACUCAAGCAAGACGGCUACUCCUAUUGGACACAGUGGAGAAGUUCAGAUUCUUAAACAUGGUCAGAGACCUAAUGCUGUGGAUGGAGGGAAUCAACUUACAGAUCCAGUCACAUGACAGCCCAAGGGACGUCUCCUCAGCUGGUCUGGUCAUCGCCAACCAUCAGGAUAUUAAGUCUGAGAUAGAGACCAGAGUGGACAGCUUUACUGCAUGCAAUGAAAUGGGACGCACCCUCAUCAACAACAACCACUAUGCUUCAGAUGAGGUUCAAGAGAAAUUGGAUCAGCUUCAGGCCAAACGCACUGAAAUUAAUCAGAAGUGGCAAGAGAAAAUGGACCACUUACAGAUCGUUCUGGAGGUGUUACAGUUCAGCAGGGAUGCGUCUAUGGCCGAGUCGUGGCUGGCAGGACAGGAACCACUGGUCAGGGCAGCAGAAUUGGGCUCUAACGUAGACGAGGUUGAGAGUCUUAUCAAACGCCAUGAAGCCUUUGAGAAACUGGCUGCUGGCUGGGAAGAUCGUUUCACACUGCUAGAAAAGCUCACCACGCUGGAGGAACAGGAAAUUCAAAGAAGAAGGGAAGAGGAAGAGAGGGCCCGACGACCACCCACACCUCCCCCUGUGGAGGAGGUAGUACAGUCUGAGAUAAACGAUUCUGCUGCAAGGACGAGUCUAGACCAGACUACAUUGAACCAGUCAGUAUCUGUCAAUGGUGUCUACAGUGACCAGGACACAUCACAGCAUGUAUUGGUCAACCAGGGAUCAGAAUCAGAAUCUGUAAACGGUCCGGGCCGUGACAGCGGUUUAGACUCAGCAUCACGGCAAGACCCUUCAGCUACACUGCCAGGGCGAGGAGGAGCAGAGGCGUCUACAGAAACUAUGGAGGGCAUCCUUUGCAGGAAACAGGAAAUGGAAUCGCACAACAAAAAAGCAGCCACCAGAUCGUGGCAGAAUGUAUAUUGCGUAUUACGUAAAGGCAGUCUGGGCUUCUAUAAGGACAACAAGAGUGCCUCGAAUGGAAUCCCCUACCAUGGAGAAGUUCCCAUCAGCCUUAGCGAGGCUGUCUGUGAGGUCGCCCAUGACUACAAGAAAAGAAAACAUGUAUUUAAACUUAGGCUUGGGGAUGGAAAAGAGUUCUUGUUCCAAGCAAAGGAUGAGCCUGAGAUGAGUUCUUGGAUUCGAGCAAUCCAGUCAUCCCUGUCGUCCACCGAGCGUUCGCCGGGUGGCACACGAGGUCUGAGUCGGGCGAUGACCAUGCCGCCUAUGUCUCCCAGCUCGGGCGAUGCAGGAGGCGUAACCAUGCGCAACAAAGACGGCAAAGAGAGAGACCGCGAGAAGCGCUUCAGUUUCUUUGGCAAGAAGAAAUAAGCACCCAAAUAUGCCACAGAUCUCAACAGUGAGCCAAGCAAGAGAUGGAAGUUUGUCAACACUCAAAAGAAACUGAUAAAGUUAGAAAAGGCGAAGAAAACUCGCAUGUCACAUUGUGAUACAUUUUUCAUUUUUGCCCUUUCUUUUCUUCCACUCAUUUUUAAAAAAAUUUUUUUUUUAUUUGUCAUAUUUCACACAUGGAUCUUGUUCAGUCUUGCCUCCUAGAUUGAACGCCACUUUUGGUGACAGUAAGCUCUGAGCCACGGGAGUGCAUCCCUGACCAAGACCAGCUCCCAGACCAAGAGCCAUCCUGAAAGUUCAGCUCAUACCUUUCAAUUAGACUAGUUUUUCCCUAAAAAUAAUUUUGUCUUUGGGUUAGAUGGCGUUUCCAUACUGUAAUGACCAAGAGUGCUAUUUUGUCUUUUUGCCCUGAUGAUUUCCUUUAUCUGUCCUGAUUUCAACCUCUCCCUUUCUUUUGUGAAGGACCGCGAUCCUUUUCUUUUUGUUUUGUUUUUGGUAUUAUUAUACUUAUAACAAAAGAUUUAAUUGUUAUUGCUAUUAUUAAUAUUGUUUAUUUGCUGUUGCGUUUUUGAGUAAAUUUAAAGUUGAAUAUUUAAAGAAAUUGUAAGUAUAGUUGGUAUGACCUCGUGUUCAGAGAGGACAAAGCAGAAAGGAUCCCAUGAGUCAGUGUUGGGAGUUUAUGCUGGUCUUUUUUCCUUUCAUCUACAUGCUCCUCUGACAGACAGAAUAUUUUCUUUCCUUUUCAUUUUUCUAGAUAUGACUGUUGAAUGCUUUUUUUAAGUAGGUUUUUUUUUUUCGGCUUGCAAGUUAAAGAAAAAGAGUUAAAACCCCACUAUUUAUGAUGGUUUUAUUUUUUAUUUUAUCUUUCUAUUCUCUCUUUCAUUCCCAUUAAGAGGUACUUGGAGUAUGCGUUCUUAUUGUGUGGUUUUGUUUCUUUAGUUCAUCAUGUUCCUUUAACCACUUUAUCCUGUUCUCCUCUUAGACCAGAAAUGUGUUUGUUGUGAAGAUUGACAUUGAGGUGUGAUGCUGUGGUUUGGACUUUGGUUUUACAAUUGCUCGAAAGCAAACAGACACAACACAAGUAUCACUUGCACAAGCCAACAUUAAACUUGCAUCAAACAAAGAAUUUGAGGACGGGCAUAUUUUUUUUUUCCUUUGAUUUUCAAGUUUCCUAUCGGAAUGUAUUCUCAGGCGUCAGUUUUCGCAUUCACACAGCGGCGGACACACGCACAUAACCCUACACUUUAAAUAUUUUACAGGGACGAACCUCUCUGACAGCUGAAGUUGGGUUAGUGUCAGUGAUGCUCGAGGUUGAUGCUGUAUUUUUAGGUGUGUGUGUGUGUGUGUGAGUGAGUGUGUGUGUGCUCAGAAGAGGUUGCUUUCAGGUAUAUUGGUUGUGAAUGUGCUUCAACUCUGAAUGAGAAACAAAAUUACUGAGGUAUUCUUAAUGUGGACCAAAUUGACAAUUUUCCCCCCGCUCAUGGUGAUUGAGAUGAUCUGUUCCCUUUAUUUGUACAUCACAAGUUACUAUCAAUUAUCUUCCUUGGAGGAAUGUGAAAUUUUUACCACAUACUUAUAUAAUUGUAGGUUUUAUACUUGCGGUCAGCAGGAGACUCUCUCCUGUCCCAUAAGUCGCGUUACACAGAGGCAGAAUCAAUAGCAACCUAGAAGACAGGAUUUCAGAUAUACUUUUGCAGUUAAAAGCAUGAUGUAUUGGUAACAAGUGUACCCACUGUGGCAUGAAAUCAGUAUUUUUGUAGGAUAAAGAUUUUUCAGCCUCAUAUGAUUGUGAGAAAGCUUGCCUUGGUGUGUUAAUAUUAGCGUGAGUUUUUGACGUCAUACAAUGAAGCCCCUUCCUCUGAGGUGUGUGGAGUAUUGAGCCAUGUCCACUCUUAUGUCAUUCAUCUUGACAUUUCCUUUGGAGACGCAUUUAAGGGGUCAACACGAAGAUGGAAGCUGAACUUUUUUUUUUCUUUUUCUUUUUUGCUGUGAAGUUUGAUGUGAAGGAAAAUGAUGCAGACUCUCUGCUGAACCUUGUCCAGUCCACAAAAACAGCCUCUUUCCAGUUUUCAGUGAUUGGACAAUGUCACUGAAACUCAUUUUCCGCUCCGUUCAAGUGAUGUGAAAAUAGGAGCUUGGAGUCAAUGUUAUGAAACCUUAUUCUUUGGAUCGGUCUGAUGUUCUCCAUCCUAAUGGAUAAAAAAAAAAACACUGCGGUAGAACGAUUUAGUUGUAGACCAGUGCUUUUGUUCACACAAAAUACUGUCAUUGAGCUGUAAGAUGAUUCAUUUAGUCUGAGCCUGCACAUACAGUUUGGGACUGUGUGCUAAAUUGCUUCCUGAAAUAAGUCAAUGUGUUGCAUUGGAUUAGUCUCAUUUGUGCUGUUGAUUUUUUUUUUUUUUUUUCUAUUCUUUUUAUCAGAGUUACUUUAUCUGAAAACUUCUACUAUUCUUUCUCUCACAUUUUACACUAUCCAGUAUGGUUGGUUUUAACCCAGUUUGCUUAGAUGGUCAGUUACAUUAUGGCACAUAAGAGAGUCUGUUUGUGUCAAUUUCAAAGGACCAGUGUGGAAGACUGUAGGGAAAAUGAAAUAUUGCAAUACAGUGAAUUCAAUGGGAUGAAACUCGUCUCUCGGUAAAAGUGAGUGUGGCCUCAAAGUACUGAGCAUUAGAUUUGAUAAAAUCUGGGAUUUUUUUAAGCAAAAUUUUUUCCUCAUCCAAUAGUAUUAUAUUUUAAAACAUUUUAAUGCGUCUUCAAAAAUAAUUCCACCAAAUCCAUUAAAAAUACCAUUUAUUAAAAAAAUGUUGAUUCCAUUCUUGAUUUUUAAAUUGAUUUUUAAGUUGUUAAUAUCACUACUAUUAUCUGUUGUUGUUGUUAUUGUUAUUAUUAUUAUUAUUAUUAUAAAAGUCAUUAUUAAUAUUACUAUUAUUAAUACUACUGUUGCAACUGCACCUCUUGUAAAACUGCAGCCUAUUCCGUGCUGAGUUUCUCGUCUGUAAUACCAAACCCCGCCACUUGGGGGCAAGUGUGCUGUGGAGCAUUUUUCAUUACUGAUCUAAACAAGAAAAAGACUUGUUUGUUGACUUGUGUAUCUACAUCUAAUAUUAGGAAUAAAAACAUGAUUUGAAAAGAAAAAAAAAUGUGGUG